UGUGGAACAACACGAUACGUAUAAUUUCUUAUUUCCUACUUCGGCCUCGGCUAUCGUCAAAAUGUCUACUAUUACGAGAAAGUUGAUAUGGUUGUUCUGUUUUCUGGUGACCGUUUCGUUAUUAAGCUCAUUAGCUGUCCGCAAUUCACACCGCAAAAUUCGAGCCUUAGUUUUACGCGCUCAAAUCGUCCUCCUUAUAGAAUCUAUUCUUUCUUUGGGUUCAAUAUAUAUUUGGCGAAAUAUUUCACAAGUGUACCCUGCUGUAGGAGCAGGCUUAAUCUACGAAGUGGUGGCUAGGGAAACUCGGUUAACAACAAGUGGCAGCGGGCAGUGUAGUAGUAGGCCUAGUAGGGCCAGGCCUAGCUAUAUUAAGAGGCGUUUCCAAACCCUAUGGAAAUUAUUCCUUUUUACUAUUAUUGUUAGUGCUCAACUAUGCUAUCCUUUGGGUGUAACAUACGUUUCAGUGGAGCCGUAUACAAUUGUUUUGUUCUGCUACAUAUGCCUAGGCAUUCAUAUAUUGUUAAUGACAAAUAUAACAUUAUAUCAUUUAUUUGGUUAUGUAUUCCAAAAAAUAUUUUGCCCCGAGACAGAUCCUGUAUUGGCAAAUUUUGUGAAAGUGGUUGUUAUAGUUAUUGUAUCAGGUUUCCUUGCUUUUUCUGCUGUUUCACAAGCUUUUUAUGGACCGAUUAUAAAGAAAGUUGAUGUUCCAAUUAAUAAUCUCCCAAAAUCCUUUGAUGGUACAAGAAUUGUACAGGUAUCAGAUAUCCAUCUAGGGCCUACUGUAGGCAGGUCACAACUUCAAAGAGCCAUACAGCUAAUAAACAGUCUGAACCCAGACCUUGUAAGUAUUACUGGAGACUUGGUAGAUUCACCUGUUGAGUACCUGUCCGAGGCAGCGUUACCCUUGACCCAAAUCAGCCCACCUUAUGGCACUUACUUUGUUACAG